AUGGAUGUCGAGCUGUAUAUCUAUGACCUCUCGAAGGGUCUGGCGCGAGUGAUCGACGCCAUCUACCAUACGUCCCUUGUCUUUGGAGGAGUCGAGUAUUUCUAUGGGCAGGGUAUUCAGAGGACAGUGCCCGGGACCACGCACCAUGGCGAGCCGAUGGAGAAGCUGCACAUGGGCCGAACGGAGCUUCCAAUCGAGGUGAUACAGGAGUAUCUUGAGUCUCUGGCUCAGGUCUACACACCAGAGUCAUAUGAUCUCUUCUUGCACAAUUGCAACAACUUCACGCAGGACCUGGCCAUGUUCCUGGUCGGAAAGGGCAUCCCCGAGCAUAUCCGGUCUUUGCCAGAGACCUUCCUUAGCACGCCGUUUGGACAGAUGAUGAAACCGCAGAUUGACCAGGCCCUCUGUGGAAUUACACAGGGUGGUGCUGUCGGCCAAGAUGUUCCAGCACCUGCUGGACGAGCAGCUCCUCCGGCAGCCCAAACAGCGCAAGCUCAGGGCACAGUGUCGAAGCCAGUCAAAGGUUACGUGAGAAACGUCAGCAACCUGCGGGAAUUGGAGGAGCAGCUUGCCCUUGCAUCGAAUAGCUGCGCAGUCAUCUUUUUCACCUCGUCGACCUGCGCACCAUGCAAGAUGGUAUACCCAACGUAUGACGAGUUGGCUGAGGAGGCUGGGGACAAGGCGGUCCUCAUCAAGGUUGAUCUCAAUUUUGCGUUCGACGUGGGCGCGAAAUAUGGCGUCCGGGCUACUCCAACCUUUAUGACCUUUUUGAAGGGCAAGAAAGAAAACGAAUGGAGCGGCGCCAACCCAGCCCAACUCAAGGGCAAUGUCCGCAUGCUGAUCCAGAUGGCCUUCCCGCCGCACCCUCACAGCGGGCUUCGACUCCCGAGCUUACAGAGGAAAAUCUCCAGCUACGUCACGUAUACGAAAACUCCUCCGCUGGACAAGCUUCUGCACAAGAUUGGGGAUUAUGGUGCCGAUCCAACUAUCCAGUCUGUCGUGGAUUUUGUCAAAAAGAGAAAUCUAGCCGCCCCGGCAGAAGCUCCAAUACCUAAUCUAUCUUCUCUAGCCGCGUAUCUGCAGUCGACAUACCCAGAAAUGCCGAUUGACAUUCGUUUCGCUGUCGUCGAUCUGGUCCGCGUCGCCUUCCUGGAUGCUCGCGUGAGCGGGUUCUUUGCGGAGGAACCCGGCCACAAGACGCUGCUGACGCUCUUCUCUCACUCCACCGAUCUUGCCGCCUGUCCUUACAACCUCCGCAUUGUCAUGCUACAGUUGGCCUGCAAUCUCUUCACCACGCCGCUUUAUCCUGAGCAGAUUGCGUCCAACCAGUCGCUGCGCGAGACCUGCAUCCGCUUGCUCACGGGCUGCCUUUUGGACAGCCAUACUAAUCUCCGUGUUGUCGCUGCCUCUUUUGCGUACAAUCUGGCUGCAUACAACCACAACGAGCGCUUCGAGGGCCGUCCGGACAAAUUGUCGGAAGGAGACCAAGUCGAGCUGGUGGCGUCGUUGCUUGAGGCGAUUGGGACGGAACAGGAAAGCAUCGAGGCGCUGCACGGCUGUCUCUUUGCGCUCGGUCUCUUCCUGUACGAGGCUCCCUUGGACGGCGAGGUCGUUGACCUUUGUCGAGCCAUGGGGGCUGCGGACACAGUAAAGGGAAAGAGUCAAGUGGAGGCAUUGAAGAGCGAGCCUCUCCUGAAGGAAAUUGGACAGGAGUUGCUGGAGAAAGGUCUGAAAUGA